GCUUGCCACAAUACGGAAAGCUACAGUCGGUAACAACAUACUCAAGCAAGGCUACACUCAAGAGGGUGCAGAUUAUUCUCCACUGAAGGCUGUGACAUGUACAGCUUGAGAGGUUAUGGCGGAAAUCACCUCGGCAUGUUUGCAGGCACCAGAUCUGACUUCAUUAUCACACAGCAUCCAGAGUUCCACUUGGGACGGCUUGCAAGCGAGCAGGGACUUGGACAGCAGUGGGAUACCACAAGAUGUGCUUGCAAAACCAGCAGGAGCUGGGUCAUGCAGAAGAUCCACGAUAGCAUGCUCAACAGUUCAGAGCGGCUCUGUGGGCCUCGUGCUCAAGGAGUGUCGCUAAAGCAGAGAGCCGGACCCCCUUGCAAAGUUGAGUUGGACAUUACUGAUCCUACGAUCCUACGAGUGCUUUUAGACGUUUGUAGAACGGUUCAGUAGUGCGUGGAGCUCAAUGGAUAGCAGAGGCCCUCGCUCGCUCAGCCUCUGCACCUGGCCGGGCGCUGCCAGAAGUAAAUGUUGAUGCUGAGACUUCGUUCGACGACCUCAGAAAGGCCAUGAAGGUGCAUGCGCUGCGCUGCAAACAUGGCCAUGCAGUCACAAUGCCACAUACUUCAUUCCAUCAGCGUCCCCUUCGGCACCCACAAGGGCUUGGGCGCUACAACUACACGGUGCCUUCGCAAGCUCUGCCUUUCAUUGAACACUUUAACCCACCGAUGCAGGAGGUGCCUUUGCUGCCCAAAGCGGUACGACUAGGCAAAAACUCUGCGUGUGCCCCUUGACGGGCUCAAACUAGAGAGUUUUCAUGCCCAAGGCAUUCGAGGGCUCAAAGGAUUCGGAGCAAAUGAUGUUACCAGUCGC